CGAGCAUUCAAGAGUUAAUUUGUUUAGAUUAAACAAUUCUUAAAUGACGUCUUUAUAGGCCAUUGAGUAAGUCAAGAUGCUCAGUGGGACUGUUCGAAAUGGUGCCCCGACCUCCUUUUCAAGCGUCCUCUGUCCCAUGUCGCGGAUGCUACGACGCGAACCGCAAGCAGCCAAGCCACCUGGUUACGAGAGCGCACGAAUCUAACCCCGGACUUGGUCAACGAAAGGAAUCACGUAUCCUUCGGAGAGUGACCCCCGUGAAGGCUGAUGUUUCGAACCAGCAGAAUGAGAAGGCGACGACGGAAACGAUUUCAGUCAUGGUAGAAGGUGGCCGCCCAGUUUAUCGUAAUCAUAGGUCAAGGCUUAAUGUAAUAGACGCACCUACAGUGCACUGCACACAGUGCAGGUCCUGCUCCACACUGAAUUAACGCUUUUAAAGCAAAAAUGGGAUUGAUUUUCCUGGUGC